AUGUCAACCGCACAGAGACUCAUCGAGCAGGCUGACGUCUGCAUCAAGACUGGACGCUACCAGGACCUCAUUCCUCUUUACGAGCUACUUGAAUUCCAGGUUUCUGCCAUCGAGAUCGAGGCUGUUCCCAUGAACACAAUUUACGAGCCACUGUUGGCCUCAUACCUGGUGGCGUAUGACCUGUACUCUGCACGAAGCCUUGUGUCUCGCAUCCCCGAGGUCACAAAGUCAGAGUCUUCCCAGUUGGCGGUAUUGAUUCAGGUCUUGGAGUUGUUGCGACAGUGGGAGCGACAGAACGGAAACUUGAAGGAUAUCUACAAACUCUUACACCAGUCUCGCUGGAACUCAACUUUGGCACCAUUAAUUGCUAUUCUUCAAGAUUCGAUUCAGAACAGGGAGUUGGACCUCUUGGCGAAGGCGUACACGUCUCUCCCCGUCCAGUUGGCAGCAUCGCGCAUCUGGCUCAAUGAGGAUACUGCGGCAGAACAACUGGUCGCCACCCGAGGAUGGAGAUACGAUGCAUCAACGGGACUGCUGUACCCCAAGGCACCUGAAGUAACCACCAACCGCCCCAUUGGACUCCAGGAGUUUGGUCACUUGGCCGACGUGGUAGCUCAUUUGGAAGUCAAGCAGGAGUCGUCCUAA